AUGCUCUACAUCUCGUUCCACCAGGAAUCACCUCCCAGCGUCGCAGGGUCCCAGGCAAGCAUGGCCAACUUCCUCAACGGUGUGCCCUUCGGGAUAUGCCUCUUCUACGUCGUCAUUACGGGUGCAGACCUCUUCAACUCCAACAUCCUCUUCUUCACAGUCGGAUGGCUCAGAAACGCAGUGACCAUCUACGACCUCCUGAUUUCCUGGUUCGUCAGCCUCAUCGGGAACUUCGCGGGCUCUCUGUUCAUGUCCUACGUCCUCGUGCACCUCUCAGGGAUAGGACACCACUGGAAAGACGUCUCAGUCACUCUGGGGGACAGCAAAGUGGCAUCCUCCUUCAUACAGACUUUCUUGAAGGGUAUCGGUGGGAACUUCUUUGUCUGCCUCGCGAUCUACUUGCAGUUGAUGGCCAAACCCAUCCACGUGAAGCUCUUCCUCAUCAUCCUGCCCAUCUUCACCUUCUGCGGGAUAGGGUUCACGCACACGGUCGCGGACAUGGGCAUCAUGUACGUCAGCAUGCUCAACGGGGCAAACGUCUCAGUAGGGAAGUACAUUUGGAAACUGCUCAUCCCGGCGACACUAGGGAACAUUGUUGGUGGGUUCGCGUUCAGCUUCAUCAUCCCAUUCUACCUGCACCUGUACGUCGUGGAACAGGACAGAAAGGAACUGUCCCUGCCAGAAUACGAGGCCAGGGACGAGCAGCCAGAGUUGAACAUGGACUCCAGAGUCGUAAGGAUCCCUGCACGGGAGCAGGAGGAAUUCGACGACGCAAGCGACGAGGACGAGAUCAGCGAAAAGCUGGACGAGGAAAGCGGCAGCAACGCGUCCAAGAUCGCAGUGAAACACAUAUCAACACACGACGACGACGACGCGACGGGGUCCAUAAGGACACCAACCGCAGCAGACAACGGCUCGUCCAUGUCCAACGUCGCCGCGUCGUUCUACUCCGAUAACGGAACUUAUUCUACGGGGACACCGGAACCGUUCCACCCGGGUAGAGAACCAGAGGGCAAGACUGUAGGGAGGUCCAAAUCGGAUACGUCAACGGGAGAACUACUCAGGAGAUGGACCACCAAAAAUAAGAGGGGGAAAGUCCACAUCCGCUCGCCGCCAGGCGUUUUCCCAGUGAGAGGUAUGGGUACCCCGCUGCUGAAGGAACGUACUAUUGAGGACCCGACUAUCGAUGAAGAUUUGCUCGACGACACCGGUGUAUCCAAGGCCUCGAGUAGUAAAUCCUCUAGUGGCCUCAGGGACUCAAACAUCCUGAAAAAAGUGAACACCAUAUCAAUAGGAUCGCAUGGCCGCGAAAAGGCUAGAUUAUUAAACCGUAUCAAGACUAUGGAGAGAGCGAAACAGAACGAUUACACAAUGAGCGGCCGAUAUAACGUCCUGGAGAAAAAACCGAGCGCACAGUUGGGGAGAACGUUAACCAAGAUCAUGACACACAGGGGCAAAUACGAUUUGAACUCGGCAGACCAUGAAGGCCAAUUGCCCAGGACGAAUCAGGACGUCGGUAUAACGAGUCGAUCAGAGUUUUCUGGCUCGGACACAAAACAACCACAGGGAAAACGGAGUGGUCUUUUCAAGGUUUUCACCAAACAGUUCGAAAGAUCCAACAAAGCUGAUUCUGGAAUUUCCGUCGAUGAUCGGUUGAGAAGUUUGGGGAUUAGCCCCAGGGUGGCCACGAUGGCAAACAACACAGCAGGUGUCGAAAAUUUCUCCAACAUACACACCCCUCCAAGGAGGGCUCGGACAAGAUCGCACUCCGGGUCACCACAAAGUAACAACCAUUCGUCUGUGAGGACGACGCGCCCAUCUCGAACAUCUGUUGCGGUAUCUGCCGUAAACUCCCUUCCUGCAUCCGCCAUACAGUCCAUUGCAUCACGAGGCUCCUCGGGUUCUACUCAUGGAACACCUUACAAUGUGACCCCUGCAGUGACCCGGUAG